AUGAGUUCGUUAGAGGUAAAAACGUUUAAAUUUGUAUUUUGGGCUUUCAAGCUAUGCAUUGAUGGGUUCCGAACUUGUCGUCCAGUUAUUUCAGUAGAUGGAACCCAUUUGUAUAGUAAAUAUGAGAUAAAAUUAUUAAUUGCUAUUGGAAUUGAUGGAAAUAAUAACAUUCUUCCUCUAGCAUUUGCUAUUGUUGACAGGGAAUCGAAAGAGGCAUGGAAAUAUUUUUUUAGAAAACUAAGCGCACAUGUAAUAAAGGAUAGAGAAGAUGUAUGUCUUAUAUUUGACAGGACAAAAGGAAUCUUAGCUAGUUUAUCGGAGUUGAAUCUUAGUGAUCUGAUGUGGAAUGCUACAUCGGCUCAUCAAGUAAGGAAGUUCGAAGCUUUGAUGUGGGAAAUUGGGGAAGAAAAUGAAGAAGCAUACGAAUAUCUCAUGCAAUUUCCAUUGGACAAAUGGAUGAUUAGCCAUGAUAAUGAAAAAAGAUGGGGAGUGUUGACAACAAAUCUUUUAGAGUCUUUCAACGGUCUUCUAAAAAGAGCUCAAGGAUUACCUGUCACUGCCAUGGUGAGACUUUCAUUGGAGCAAACAGUUGAAUGGUAUACCCGUAGAUCUCAAACAACGCACCAACUUGUAGAGAAAAAGGAAUUAUGGACAAGCAGGUUCAAAGUAAAGUGGGAGAAGAACUAUGAAAGUUCAAAAAGACACUUUAUUUUUGACUGGAAUAUAUCCACUGGGGUAUAUGAGGUUAGAUCUAUUCAAGUUGAUGGUACUGGUGGUAAUCCUCAUCGUGUUUCACUAAAUGAUAAAAAUGUGAUUGUGGAAAAUGGGAUAAUUUGCACUUUUCGUGUUCACAUGUCAUGA